AUGUUAUGUAAGUCCCUCUCUCUUUCUCUCUCUCUCUCUCUCUCUCUCUCUCUCUCUCUCUCUCUGGUCAUUACUAUCCACCCCUUUUCUAUUCCUUUAGCAUUUUCUCUUAGUCACUUGGUUUCAGUUGCUGCAAGAAUACCGAGACUCUUUUUUUUCCCCUCGCUUCGCUUUAGUCUCUCUCUCUCUCUCUCUCUCUCUCUCUCUCUCUCUCUCUCUCUCUCUCUCUCUCUCUCUCUCUCUCUCUCUCUCAAAAUACGGCCGCUCUCUCUCUCUCUCUCUCUCUCUCUCUCUCUCUUUGGAGGAAUAUUAUCCAAAAUUUUGAAUUAUACCAACAUAAUAUCUCUCUCUCUCUCUCUCUCUCACUCUCUCUCUCUCUCUCUCUCUCUCUCUCUCUCUCUCUCUCAUAUUUUCCUUCUGAACACUUCCUCCCUUCCUUCCCUUUUUCUUUAUUUCUUUUUUGAUUUCUUUCUUUCUUGCUUGCUUGCUUUCCUUCUUUCUAUUUCAUUUAUUCUAUUUCAUAUAGUCGCAUUUAAACAAUCAUUCACCUUAUCUUUUUUACUUUCUUUCUUGUGUGCUAUAUUUCAUGCAUCCUUAUUUCUCUUGCUCAACUGCUUCUUUCUUUCUUUCUUUCUUUCUUUCUUUCUUUCCUUCUUUCUUUCUUUCUUUUAUCCCCCACUCUCUCGCUCUUUCUCUUUCUUCUCUUUCUCUGUUUCUCUUCUUCAGUCACUCUCCGUCCUUUUUUAUUCAUUUCUCACGAUUUCUUUCUGUUCAUUCCACUCUUCUUUUUGUCUUCCUAUUGCUACCCUCUCUAUUUUCUAUUUCCGGGUCUACUUUUUCCUGCCAUUUUUCUACAUUUUCUUUCUCUCUCUCUCUCUCUCUCUUCCUCUCUCUCUCUCUCUCUCUCUCUUCCUCUCUCUCUUCCUCUCUCUCUCUUUCCCUCUCUCUCUCUCUCUCUCUCUCUCUCUUCCUUUCUCUCUCUCUCACACACUCACUCUCUAUCUGACUCUCCUUGAUGCAUGGUUCUCGAUUUUUUCCUUCAUCCAUUUAUUAUUCCUGUCUGACAUUUCCCUUCCUCAUUUCUUUUCUGCCUUAUAA